UUUCCAUGCCGCGCUAGUUCAUGCUUCCCGGUUGAGUUGUGGACCAUGCUGUAGAUUGUUGAGACGUGUUUGUCUAUGAAUGUAUGUUCACUUGCUCGCACCUUGAUCUUGUCCUCACAGCUCUCUCUUCAUAAUCCAGUGAGAAUCAGAGGCAUGUGUAAGGAGCCGAAGACCUCAGUGCUGCGCUUAUUACCGCCGGCGCAGGGCAGACACACGCCAGAUAGAACACAAAUCCUCCAGUCUACACUACAGGCUCUAAAAGAAGGCAAGGUCAUUGCUGUUCCCACUGACACGAUCUAUGGCCUGGCUUGCCUGGCUCAGAAUUCAGAAGCUAUCAAGAGGGUGUAUGAUAUCAAGGGCAGAAAUGGCAAUAAGCCUUUAGCCAUUUGUGUUGGAGAAGUACAAGACAUAUACAAGUAUUGUAAAGUGACUGUAAAAAAAGAGCUGCUGAAUGAUCUCCUUCCUGGACCAGUCACUCUAGUUCUUGAAAGGUCUGAAACACUAAAUGCAGACCUCAAUCCAUUUACUAAGCUUGUCGGUGUCCGCAUCCCAGACCACCACUUCAUGAGACGCUUGUGUCAGCUGUGUGAUGAGCCACUUGCUCUAACCAGUGCAAAUAUCAGUACACAGUCCAGCACUCUUGAAGUUAAUGAGUUUGAGGAUCUGUGGCCAAAACUAGCCAUUGUAGUGGACGGUGGCCCAAUAGCAGAUCAAAGUCGACUGGGCUCAACAGUUGUGGACCUCUCAGUGCCUGGCAGAUAUCGCAUUAUAAGACCUGGCUGUGCCUGUUUAGCCACAGUUGCUAUACUUGAGAAGAAAUAUGCGUUACUGGAGGAUUCUUCCAAUUAAUAAACAUGAAGUGAUCUACUAUUAUCCCGCUAAAACGCACAAACAACUUUCUGGAUUUUAAUUUAUUUGUUAGCUAAAUAUAUGUAUGGUUAGAAUAGUCUUGUUUAUGUGAUAUCUUUCUCUUGUCUGAUUUUUUUUACAGUUUAAGGGUGACAUUUUGGGUCUCAAACAAUUUAUUAGCUUGGAAUAUAGUGAUCAUUUUCUCAGACUUCAAAUACAGGUCACUGAACACUCAGUUAAACACUUAACAGUAAAGUGCUAAUUUUAAAAUUGGGAAAUGUUUUACUUAAUGUUUUUUUUUCCUUUUGACUUAUUUGAACUUUUUAUUGUUACUUUCAAUGGUUAGUGGAUUUAUAUCUUGAAGAUGCAAAUACAGGUUUAUUUUAAAGUUGAUGGUACAGUUAUCGUUGUACUAAGUUGCACUGAGGACCAAAGAUGAUUCAAUAAUUCUGUGCAUUAUAUUGAAAAUGAUCUUUGGUGCCAUUUCACAAUAUAAAUGAAAAUGAAUACAAAUAAAAUCAUAUUUUUUAUGUAUGUA